AAAAAAAACAUUGUUAAUGAAUACAAUUUAGAUAUAAGGAGCAGUUUUUAAUGAUUUCCUAAACAUGAGAUACAGUAUUACAGACAAAUGAUUUCAUGUUUGUCUAAUGAGCUUGGAAAGAAAAGCGUCUGGACUUCUCUAAGUUUCUUAAAGAUGUUUUUCUUCCCAGUCUCCUUAGACUUAAAACCUUCUCAGAGGAGUUCAUGUUUGUUUUCACAGACAACAUACAAGAUUUUUACUGCACAACACUAGGGGAACUAGUAACUUUACAGUUUAGACUGCUAAAGUGUUUGACAAAGCCUUGAAAACUGAUAUAGCAUCUUGUGUAAAGAGUUAUCUGUUUUUCACCCAAAACAAAAUUAUGAAACAUAAAUAAAUGAAGGUGAAGAGUUCAGAAUUCUGCUGCCACUGACAUAUGAACCUACAGAUUACUCCUCCUAAUCCUGCACCAUGAGCUGCCUGCCCUUCAAACUGAAAAAAAGAGUUAAACAGACAAAAUCCAGACCAUCAGAGGCAACUGGCAAGAGAUUUGGCCAUAAAUCACAAACCACAGCUAGAGCUAGGCUACACACUCACACUGACACAGCAAAGACAGAUGGCAAACAUAAAGAAAAGCCCUACAGUGACCCUAAGAAGAGUUCAAAAAGAAGACAUGCUGGCACCAAAGUGAACCUUCUUCUUCUGGGAAUGUCUGGGACUGGAAAGAGUGCCAGUGGGAACACCAUCCUUGGACAGAAACUCUUCAUUUCUAGACCCAGUUCAAAGCCGGUCACCAAAAAGUGCCAGAUGAAAGAAACUGAGAUAGAAGGUGUACACUUAACUGUGAUUGAUACUCCUGACAUCUUUGACGAUGACAUGAAAUCAUCAGUUAGGGAGAAACAUGUGAAAAGGUGCAAACAGCUCUAUGAGUCAAGACCCUUUGUGUUUGUACUUGUGAUGCAUGUGAGCAGAUUUACAGAUGGUGAGAGAGACAUUAUGGAAAAAUUAGAAAAUGCUUUUGGGAGAGAAGUUAGAGAAAAAACAAUUAUCCUGUUCACCCGAGGAGACGACCUACAACAGGCAGGAAUGGGGCUGGAGGAUUUUUUACAUACCUGUCAACCUGAUCUGAAGAAAAUACUUGAAAAGUGUGGCAACAGGUGUGUUCUCUUUGAGAACCACAGAUCAGAUUCAGCUCAAGUGGAAACGCUAAUGGACAAUGUGAUCAGGGUGAUAGAAGAAAAGCAAACAUGAUGACUUCAUCUAUCAGAUCAGAGCACUAAAAUGCGUGCCAUUUCCUGUCUCAGGUAAUAAAUAGGUUAGAGCAUUAGUCUGUUUCUUAAAGUGACAUAUAUUGGAUUCAUAAAUAGUUUUCUCUGUCUUGUUGUACAACUCCAACGUAGCCUACAUCCAACCAAGAAGCCUUGUAGCCUCCUGCUUCAUGUCCCCUGUUCCUUAUGUUUUAUAGUCCCUUCGUUUCUAUGGUGUUUCAUUGGAUUUUUAUGGAGUUUGGUUUUCCUUCAAUAAAAGAAUACCUGCC